CCUCCCCCCGCCCAGCGUGUUCGUCCAACCCGGGUGGCGCUGACCCGGAAGCGGAAGGCAAGGCCUGGCGCGGGCUCCUCUGGGUAAUCUCCGCCUGCUGCUUGGGGGUUGCUUGGCAACCGCGCCCCUUCAUGGCUGUAGCUCAGGGACCAAAGACGCUCUGGGAGCAAAUCUGCGCUGAUUAUGAAGCAGAGCAGCCUCCAUUUCCGUGUAGUCCUGAAUCAAAACAAGAUUCUGUUUCUUUGGAUACAGGAAUUUUGCAGCCUUUACAUACAAAGCAAUUAUACUCAGCUUUUACUGAAUGUUCCGGUGCCCAAAAAAUACCUUCCUUACCCACGCUCGCACCACUUCCAGCAGCACUUAAUCCAAAAACAUGUUCUCCUCGAGAAUACUUGGAAUAUUAUAUAUUUCCAGUACUUUUGCCGGGAAUGGCUGAACUUCUGCAUCAAGCAAAGAAGGAAAAGUGUUUUGAGAGAAAAAGGACCAAAUUUAUCGCCUGUGAUUUUCUGACUGAGUGGUUAUACAAUCAGAAUCCAAAGAGGAAAGAUGAGCCAUUCACAGAAUUCUUCUCCAUCCCUUUUGUGAAGGACUGGCUAAAGGACCAUCCUAGACCACCAAUUCCUCUGUCUCUCCUAUUAUCAGAAGAAGAAGCAUGCAAAAUAAUUCAAUCAUUCUGGAGAGGUUAUCGGGUCCGCUGUGACACUGAGAUACAAGAACUGCGGCAAUGGCAAAAGCAAUUGAGAGAGGACAAGAACAUUAUUAAAAGAGUGCAAGAGUUCUGGACUAAACAGGAAACCAAAGUCAUGAGCUUACUAUCCUAGAUGGACAGCAUGAAAAUUCCUUUCAUUUUCUUUCUUGUGCUUGCAACCUGUGCCCUGAGAUGUUCACCUGUUUGUAUCUUAAUAUCCUUCCAUGGGAACUUUAGCUUGAGGAUGAAUACUUGUGAGAGGAAAAUGUUCCUCAGAACAUUGUCUUCUAAGAAGGCCAGCUCCAUUCUCAGCUGUAAAUGUCAAUUACUAAUGAUUAUCAUUGUGACCAUUGUGGUUGCAAUAUCAUUGUCAGAAGCCCUUUGGUUCCAACUUUGCACAGUUUAUUUUCCUAAUAUUUUCUUUGCAGAAUGCCCAUAGUGUACUAUGCAUUCAGGCUCUAAUCAUGCAGGCUUUUCCCAUGUGCUGGACCUCUGCACUUGGGUAGAACUCCACUGAUUUCAGUUGGGCUUUAUGUGGGCUCCUCUAUGGGAUUUGUUGCUGGCUUAAUGCCUUUGUCAUUUUUGUAAUGAUGCUGAAUAUAAAAAAGUGAUUGCAUAUAUUGAAGAGUUCCUCAUGUAACCAUAUCUUAGAUUUCUUAACCCCCCUCCUCCCCCCGCCCCACACUUGGAAGACUAUUAAGUGUGUAAUUGAGCUGCUUAGUUUUUCUAAAAAUGUGUGAAUAUAUAGGAUUGCUUCCUAUUUUUAACUACAUAUGUGCAUGCAUUGCAUGGUAGUUUUGAAAAGAUACAGUCAAGGUGACAUUGUAAUUAUAUUUUUGUAGUGAAGCAUUCUGAUAAUGUAUGUUAAACACCUGCUAGAACUGCAGUCAGAACUCGAGCAGACUACCAAUAAAAGGCAAUCAAAGGGUACCAAAUGAUUUUUUCCACUAGAUUUAUUUUAACACAUACAUAGUUAUAUGCAUACAGUAUGGAUGUGUGUAUAAAUAUCUUAUUAAAUAGUGCCAUUGUAAUUAGAUUUCAUCUUCCUCUCUCUUCAGUAUUCCUGGUGAAAACAGGAACAUAUGAACUCAUUUUAUGCAACAACCAUGCAGCCAACUCCACCCCAGGGUUCUGGGUGAGGGUAUUUUCAGCUGUUGUAUUGGAUUUGUGGCAUAAAACAGACUUUCUCACAUUACACUGAGUCAAACUCUUCUAGGACAGAUACAGUGUUAAAUUGCACCCAUCCAUCCAUUUGUUCAUUUGUUUGUCAAUUCAUUCACUCUGAAUGAUAUAUUUUAAAACCUUGAUAAGAAUUGUUCAAAAAAAAAUUGAACAAAGUCCAGCCUGCAGAAGGUUGGUAGCAUAUUAUUU